AUUCGGGAAACAAUGACGGCGGAGUUGCCCUAACAAUGUAUGUUCGACGGCGAUUCCUCAUUAUCUCCAAAUGCACGAGAGAGUUGUUGCCUUGUUGUACAAGAAGAAGCCGUAAAAGCUGUAGCUUCGGGAAUUCUAAGGUCGAGGGUUGGACUAGGAAGGCCACAACAACCUUCUGGUUCCUUUCUUUUCCUUGGUCCAACUGGUGUUGGUAAAACUGAGCUGGCUAAGGCUCUAGCUGAGCAACUCUUUUACAAUGAAAACUUACUCGCUAGGCUUGAUAUGUACAUUGGUCAUGAAGAAGGUGGCCAACUAACCGAACCCGUGAGGAGACGACCUUACUGUGUUGUACUAUUUGAUGAAGUUGAAAAGGCCAAUGUUACUGUAUUCAACACGUUACUUCAAGUGUUGGAAGACGGGAGAUUAACCGAUUCGCAGGGGAGGACAGUCGAUUUCAAAAAUACAGUGAUCAUAAUGACUUCUAACCUUGGGGCUGAGCACCUUGUUUCAGGGCUUACAGGUGAAGUAACAAUGGAAGUGGCUCGAGACAACGCAACGAAAGAGGUGAAAAAACAUUUCAGGCCAGAGCUGUUAAACAGAUUGGAUGAGAUAGUGAUGUUUCAUCCUUUGUCCCACGAGCAUUUGACAAAAAUUAUUCAACUCCAAGUGAACAAUGUUGCUAAUCGGCUUGCUGAGAAAGGUGCAUCUAUGACUGUCACAAAUGAUGCAUUGGACUACAUUUUAGCAGCGAGUUACGACUCGGUGUAUGGUGCUAGACCCAUUAGGAGAUGGCUAGAGAGGAAAGUGGUCACAGAUAUAUCAAUGAUGAUUGUGCGAGAAGAAAUCGAUAACGACUCCAUUGUGUGCAUUGAUGUAAACGUGGAUAAAACUGAUCUUGUCUACCAAAUAGAUAAGAAUGUGGUUGCGAAGAAGACAGAGCAAACGUUAGAUGUUGUGAUUCUUUCAGGGAAUAAGAGGGGAAGAAGCAAUGAAGAAACUUUAACCAAAAGAAUAAAAAGUGAAGUCAUAGUGAUAGAUUGAAGAACGAUCAAGGAUUGAAAGUUAGAUUCAUAUAUGUCUACGCUCUGCUUUUUUAUUUUAGUUUAUAUGUAAGAUUUGUGUUACCUUUGUUCAUAUAAGCUUUCCAAAUCUUACAAUAAGAUGGAUCAAUCAUU